CGAUCCGUUGCAAAUCUCUUUAGCUUACCCCCUUGCUUCUCACCAUCGCUAGGGCACGAUAUUAGCACGAAUGCGCUCGUUCGCGUUUCGUCCCGUGAUACCGCACAGUUGCCGUGAUGUAACCGGUUCAGACAUCUUUAGCACUGAUAGAGUAGUAAACGUGGGAUGUCGUCGCUUCAAGGGUAUCUUAGGUUCGUUAGCGAAGUGCUAGGGUAGACUCCGCUGUAGAUGUCACUCUAUGAUAUCCAUCUCCUCGGGGCUUUGCCAAGAGGGGUUCCUGGGGUUUACCGGGUCGAAACCCCUUCAUUCCAACUUCAUUCAUAUGUAGGGCUGUUUAACUCCAUUAGUUUCGUUUACCAAGUUUGUGUGCGUGUGUGAAAGACAGGUUCUUCUCUUCUUCACGUAUACCGUCAUUAUCGGAUUGCUCUCUUUUUUUCGAUUCUUAUACCACUAGUUGGAUGAUUUACAAGAACUUAUAGAAAUGGCGAGAGCAAAAUACAUUGAGAAGGGAGCCUCCACAGGCUCUCUUAACUCCUCUCUUAGACUGGCUGGCCCAGCGACCGUCAAAUUACUGGUCGGACCAGAUGGCCAGGAAUUCUUGGUCCCUAGAAAGCUUCUGGUAUCGUGCCAUUACUUUCGCCAGCGCAUCGAUACAGCUCGGCUUGAAUUUGAAAAGGGACAAGCGAGCCUUGUUAUGACUUUAGAAGACCAAUGUCCGGAUAUGUUUGAGCUUUUCACAUAUUGGUUGAACGAACGGAGGAACUUGGACAGAUUCAUCGACACCGCCGAAAUUGACCACUCCUGCAAGGAGCUUCAUUGGGAUUUGGUCAACUUGCACCUAUUUGCCGCUCAAAUUGACAUCCCCGCAUUACAGGACUGCGCGAUGGAUGCGAUUCAAGACGUUUACCUCCGAUGUAACUGGGAUAUCAGCCCCAAACUUAUCAACUACGUCUACACCUCGUGCGACCCACAAGAGAGUUGUCGGUUGCGGAAGUGGAUUGUAGCAAUGACGGCGUGGACGCUCGGUGGCGUAGUAACCACCGAGAUGAACAAUAACAUCCAGCGAUUAUUCGACCAAUUCCCUGACUUCUCUGCCGAAUACCACAGCCACACGCGCAAAAUGGCCAAGUCGGGCCUCGAGAGUCAUUUCAAGAACCCGCAAUUAAGACUGCCGUCUAAUAAUCUCCGAAACGAGGAACGCCAGUUCGGAUUCCGCCAGUGCUCGUUUCAUACCCAUCGCUCGACUGUCGGCCAAGGGAGGUGCCCGCAUACUACACCACUAUCGCCGCUGCUUGCCCCAUCCCCGUUUACGGAUGGCUAUAUCGAGUCUGAUUCCGACCGUGGCGAGUCGAGGUUCGGGUCUCGCAUGGUUUCGCCGAGUAGUGAUGCUAUUCCUGAGUCGAAUUUGGAGACACCGUGAAGACACUACACCAUAAUCUCGGUUAUCAACUUUUGGAUUUCAACAUCUAAAGAAAGGGCUGGGCUUUCGCAUCGCUUCCAAAUCUCUCUUCCUUUGGGAAUGAAGACGGCGCUUCAUUGGCGUUAAUUCAUUGUACUUCCUGCGUUUCAAUUAGAUUCAUGUUGCUCUAAUAGCUGAAGGGUGCGGGAAGUAGU